CAUGACGUGCCUGAAUAUUAAUGAAAUGUUUAUUAGGAAAGACGGAAAAUUUGUUUUUUUGUUUUAAUUAUUGAUUACAGACAGGCCUUGGGGAAUUGCUAAUUUUAAACACACAGAAAAGACAUAUUGCACAAGAAAAACACAAGCAAUAUAUAUGCGUUGUAAUUUGAUCACUAGGGAGAAUUGGGAAUGAGUGUUCAAUAUGGCGGAUGCAGUUUCGGACAAAGAAAAUGUGCCUGAAAAUUGUCCCGGCGUUCAAAGUGAAAUAGCCGGUAAAGGUAGCGCUUGUGCAGGAUGCCCAAAUCAAAAGCUUUGCGCUUCAGGCAAAGCUAGUGUUCCAGAUCCAGCCAUACCCGAGAUCAAACGCCUUAUAUCAGUCAAACAUAAAAUCCUCAUCCUUUCUGGCAAAGGAGGCGUCGGAAAGUCUACAUUUACUGCACAAUUGGCGCAUGGUUUAUCUGAAAAUAAUGAAAUUCAAGUUGGUGUUUUGGAUAUUGAUAUUUGUGGACCAUCCAUUCCAAAAGUGAUGGGUUUGGAUGGGGAACAGGUUCAUCAAAGUGGUUCAGGCUGGUCUCCAGUGUAUGUUGAGGACAAUCUUGCUGUUAUGUCAGUGGGAUUUCUUCUUGGAAGCCCUGACGAUGCAGUUAUAUGGAGAGGUCCGAAAAAAAAUGGUAUGAUAAAACAGUUCCUUCGUGAUGUUGAUUGGGGUGAAAUGGAUUUCUUGCUGGUCGAUACACCUCCUGGCACCUCAGAUGAACACCUUUCAAUUGUACAAUAUUUAAAAGCAACUGAUAUCACUGGAGCUGUGGUUAUAUCAACUCCACAGGAAGUCUCGUUAUUGGAUGUGCGUAAAGAAAUCAAUUUUUGCCGGAAGGUUAAAGUUCCAAUCAUUGGCAUUGUUGAAAACAUGAGCGAAUUUGUUUGCCCAAAGUGUAAGAAUACAUCACAGAUAUUUCCAGCAACAACUGGAGGGGCGGAACAGCUUUCAAGAGAGAUGAAAAUACCAUUCCUAGGAAAACUACCAUUGGAUCCAAGGAUUGGGAAAUGUUGUGAUGAAGGAAAGUCAUUUUUACAUGAAGUACCAGAUUCUCCAGCGGCAAAAAGUUAUAAAGAAAUCAUCAAAAAGAUUCUGUACUUUUGCUCGUCAAAUGAAAACGGCAUCUCGUGAUGAAAAGAGCAAAAUAUUUCACAAUCACAACGGAGCAACUUUAUAACACAUAACGAAAAGAUGUUUAUUUAACUUAAUGCGAGUAGAACUCAAAAAUGAACAAAUUUUACGUAAAAUACAUCAAUCAAACACAUUAAUAUAUAGAUCAUAAGGAUCACGUUUAUAUAGCUAUUGAA